UCAAUAAUCAAUAUCGUCUUAAAUUGAUUCCUUAAUAUUUCCGACAAUACAACAAAAGAUUCUGUUUGGUUCAGCAAUUCUAUAAUUCCGACAAUGGCUGCUGUUCCAGAAGAUUCCCGGCGGCGGCGAUCUCUGAUCCCCAAUUUCCUCUACACUUCUCCGACGGCGGCGGCGGCGCCGUCUGAAAGGAUCGAAAUGUUCUCGCCGGCGUACUACGCCGCUUGCGCCGUCGGCGGACUUGCCAGCUGUGGCUUCACUCACGCCGCCGUCACGCCCCUCGACGUCGUCAAAUGCAACAUGCAGAUUGAUCCGGCAAGAUUCAAGAGCACGGGAUCGACGGUGGGGAUUGUGUUAAAGGAGCAAGGAAUUAGAGGGCUGUUCAAAGGGUGGGCCCCAACGUUUGUGGGGUACAGUGCUCAGGGAGCUUUCAAGUACGGCCUCUACGAAUAUUUCAAAAAGGAAUAUUCCGACAUGGUGGGCCCCGCCGCCGCCGGCAAGUACAAGACACUGAUCUACCUGGCCGGCUCCGCCUCCGCCGAGGUCAUAGCUGACGUGGCACUCUGCCCCUUCGAGGCCGUCAAGGUUCGUGUCCAAACCCAGCCGGAAUUCGCCCGCAGCCUCGCCGACGGCCUCCCCAAAAUUGUCCGCGCCCAAGGCGUUUCAGGGCUAUUUAGAGGAGUGGUGCCACUUUGGGGAAGGCAGAUUCCAUAUACGAUGAUGAAAUUCGCGACGUUCGAGAACAUAGUGGAGGCGAUGUACAAGCACGUGAUUCCCACGCGGAAGGAGGAGUGCAGCAAAGGGGUCCAGCUGGGGGUGAGCUUCGCCGGCGGCUACAUCGCCGGAGUGUUCUGCGCCGUCGUCUCCCACCCCGCCGACAACCUCGUUUCCUUCUUCAACAACGCCGCCGGAGCCACCGUUGCCGAUGCAGUGAAGAAAUUGGGGAUUUGGGGACUGUGCACGAGAGGUCUCCCUCUUCGCAUAGUUAUGGUGGGAACCCUAACAGGGGCACAAUGGGGAAUUUAUGAUUCAUCCAAAGUUUUCUUUGGCCUGCCGACUACAGGUGGUGGAAGUUCUGCAACAGCAGUAAAUUAAAGAAUGAAUGAAGAAAUUAUUAUUAUUAUUUAUUUGAUCCUUUUAUUAUUAUUAUUAUUAUUAUGAUUAUUACAAAAUCUUGGACUCGUCAGGUGUUUGUUUGUCUGAUGUUGGGAUUUUGCCAGUAUAAAUAAUCUAAUGGGCUUUUAAGCCUAUAUAGUUUGAGAUUUUAUUUUUGGGCCGAAGGCCUGUCCAGAUAUAACUUAUUAUUAUUAUUAUAAUAUUGAAAGUGCUUAUUUUUGUCUUGUAGUG